AAGAGAGAGAGAGAGAGAGAGAGAGAGAGAGAGGGGGAAGAGGAGGAGGACCACAGGCGACACCCACCACCACCGCUGGCUCCAUCGGCGACACUCACCACCAGCGUCUACCACCACCACCGCUGGCUCCACCUCCCCUCCAGCCUCCUUAUUUUUGGACACCCCCCUCCAAUACAUAUCUGGGUGUUCUUCUUUCCAAAACAUCCUUGAGCGGCUGAGUCCCUCCUUCACACAUCAUACAGAGAGAGAGAGAGAGAGAGAGAGAGAGAGAGAGAGAGAGAGAGAGAGAGAGAUGUUCAUCGCCGGAGUAUUACGAGGGAGGCCGGAAUAUUAUUUUACUGGACCCCAAAUUACAGAUUAAAAAUAGCCAAUAACUUCACAUAAAUUCCAAAAAUGACUUCAAUAAAUCAUAAUAAACGAUCCAAAUUACAGAAUAGAGCAGUAGGGAAGGGGAGAGCUCAACGGGAGGAUGAGAUCGGAGACGACGGCGGAACAGACAGAGGAAACAGAGCGAAAGUGUACUCCGGCGACCCAGGCCUCCAGUGAAUGGAGGGUCUUGAUCUAUUACUGGGUACUCUGGCUUCACCGACGCCGUCGAUCACCCAUCCUUACCCGAAGGUAUAUAGAUACGUCUCCUUCAUUAUCUGAAACAGCGGCGUCUGACAUCUCUGAUUUCUUCUCUUUUUUGCUUCUCAUACCAUAUACUCCAGUAAUACUCCAUAGAUACCCAUGGGUUGGUCGCCGGCGGUGGUGGGUGUCGCCGGUGGUCCUCCUCCUCUGUUCCAGAUGGUCAGGUUUUGGGGAAAUCCAAAUUUUCAGCACGAUUUUUUUUUUUUUUUACUGCUGCUGACGUGGGGCUCACCCACCAUGUCAGCGUCGGGAAGCAAAUCGGGGAAACCGUAGACUUACCGAAACACAUAUUAAUGUCACGCGCGUUUUGGGACCAUCUUUUGGGGUAUAGGUUAUGCAUAAAUUUAUCACUGGCCUAAACAUUUAUAGAAUGUCCAUUGUAUAAUGCACAAUUAUAUUAACAUUAUCUCCGUACCAUAAGUUGAAUUAUUACAGUCUCCGUCACGAAAAGCUACAAAAAGACCUCCAUGUGUCCCUUUCUUUUUUGGGCACGAGCGGCAGUGGAAAUCAAUUUUGACCUUCUCAAUAUCUGCUUCGACCUCACCAUAAGUUGUACUCUACUGGAAGGAAAAAUAAAAGAAUACCCCACCUCUCUCCCUCUCUCUCCACUGUUCAUUCUGAUUGGAGUCUUGAAGGCAUGCUUCAGCACGGAUGAGUCCCUUCUAAUGUGGUGAAAUAGGUUUUCCAGCUAGAUAAGUGUCAAUUGGUUGGACCUUGAAACCCUUCUGUAACUCUUAUGGCAUGUUUGGAUCUAGUGGAGGAGUAAUUCAGAGCAUGGAAUUUAUGGAAAAGGGGUUCCCUAACAUGAUGGGAAAGGGGGAUCCUAGUAAUCCAUUUUUGAAUGUUUUGGGUGGUUUUGAUAUGUGUGAUGGUGAUGGUACAACUCUGCCUUCUGCUGGUUGUGAUGCUAAAUCAAAUUCACCGUUUGGGGAAUUGGAAUCUGGGUUAAGCUUUUCCUCUCCUUUGAUUGCAUCUAAUGUUCCAAUAUCAUCCGUAGUUGAUUUGAAGUUGGGGAAAUUUGCUGAUUGGAGCGAAGCCAAGAGUAGUAGAUUUGUGAACGAAACAUCGGGUUUUUCUUCUGUAGGAUCUUCAUUUGCAUCAAAGAGAGCACGAACGAUGAAUUUGUCUUCUGAGAAUCUGACUUGCCAGGUGCACGGGUGUAACAAGGACCUAAGUUCCUCAAAGGAUUAUCACAAAAGGCAUAGAGUUUGUGAUGUACACUCAAAGACUGCUAGGGUCAUGGUUAAUGGAGUUGAGAAAAGGUUUUGUCAGCAAUGUAGCAGGUUUCAUUUGCUGGCUGAAUUUGAUGAUGGAAAACGCAGUUGUCGGAAACGCCUUGCAGGACACAAUGAGCGACGAAGAAAGCCUCAAUUGGAUACUACUCUCUCUGGUAAACCACACAUGUUGCUUCAGUAUCUUGAAGAUGACGGGUUUCUAUGGACUUCUCUACCAAAAAGAUCAUCCUUCGUUUUCCCGGACAUGCUUCCCAGUGGAUUUAUCUCUCCACAAGGAAAUGUCCGAGGUAACCAGUGUGGCCAUGCCAAAGUAGAAAAGGAGUCAAAUUCGAACCUCAUCUUCCAUCCUUAUGGCUCGAGAAAACAAUUCUCUCCUGGAAAUUUUUCUUCACAAACUGGCUAUAAAUUUGAAACAGCUUCAACAGUUCAAGAACUAUCUGGGUUGUCAAACUCCGGUAGUGCUCUCUCUCUUCUGUCAAAAAAUUUGUCAAGUCAUUUGACAGAAAUUCCAUCGGUUAUGGAUCUGAAUGCUGGAAACUAUGAUGGGUUAAGCAUUGAGAAAAGUCUGCCACCAAAAGGGUUUUGUUCUUCUGCGAUGGACUCAAUGGAAAUUGGCCAGGUAGGGUCCCCCGUGUUUUUCAAUGGUAGUAGUAGAAGUGCUGUUGAUUUUCAAGUUCAAGCAACUGGAAAUUUUCAGAGAUCCAAUAAUGCGAAAGGUAAAGGGUAUAUUUCUCCUGAACGUGGGCAGACUGUAGAUUUGGUUCAAUUGUCAUCACAUCUUCAAAGAGUGGAGCAGCAGAGGAAUUCUAUGCAAUUGCAGCAGGAACAUGAUGUCUUCUGUUACUUUCCAACCAUGUAGGUGUUGUGAAAGCAGUUGGGUACGUAAUGUUGGAACUCCGGUCUUACAGUUCUUCUGUUGUACAGAUGGCACCAGGAUCAAUGAUGACUAUCUCGUUAGGGUGGCUCCUAAUGGUCUAAUGAUGUUGUAUAAGCCCGGUGAUUAUGAUUUGGCUGUUGGAUCUGGUAUCUUGCCUAAUAUUGGUAGGGUUGCGGUAGGUUUGGGAUUCGACAUCUUAUGCUUCUGCCCUGUAGGAGUAUUGGCCGGUGGAGUUCUGGUUAGUUUAGAAUUUAAGCUAGAGGUCAUCGCUCAGUCGCCUAUACGAAUAGAAAGACUGAAUGCAGUUGUCAAUAUUAGCAGUAGAAGGUUCUUAGAGUUUAUUAAGGCCAUGAAAACGGAUACAUGAAAGCAAUCUCUCAUCUGUUGCUUUUCUUUUUCCUUCUGAAGACGCUUUUAUGGUACAUUUUACAUUUUUGGUCUGAACUGUACAUUUUUCCAUGGCU